UCUUGUGUGGAGUCCAGAGCGAGAAACGCACUUCUUCUGGUGCGACCGGAGAGCGCAAAAGUUGCAGCUCUCCGACCCUGAAGCGCACGCCAUCUCCGGCUCCGGCGGCACCCCAAAUCCAACUUUAUUGAGCGAGGUGGGACGAAAAGAGUGUCUCAACAUCUCCCGGUGACCCUUCCAGCCAUGGACGCAUCUCGAGUCGUUACGAUAUAUCUGGGCCUCCUCCUUGUUUUACUUGGGAAUAUACCGUGUUUCCAGUCUGCUGCUAUCAUCUCUCCCUCGGCGCCAAGGAGGAACAGGGGAGCCAGGAUCUCUCAUCAGAACGGACAAAGGUCAUCCAAAUUCUUAAAAGACAUCCUCGCGUCUUCGCAUCCUAUUGUGGGACAUCACAAAGAAGACCCAAAGGACGCCAUUGUUCCGCACGAAUACAUGCUGUCUAUAUACAGGACAUACUCGGCUGCAGAGAAGCUCGGACUAAACGCCAGCUUUUUCCGCUCUUCUAAAUCUGCCAACACCAUAACAAGUUUUGUGGACAGAGGAACAGACGAUCUUUUGCACUCUCCUCUGCGAAGACAAAAGUAUCUGUUUGAUGUCUCAACCCUUUCAGAAAAAGAGGAGCUGGUCGGGGCGGAAUUAAGGAUCUUUAGGAGAGCGCCCGGGGAUUUGCAGACUUCCCUGCAGACGACGGGCCUCUACGACAUCCAGCUCUACCCCUGCCGCUCAGACAGGCUGCUGGACUCCAGGUCUCUGGACCUGUUGGACUCCACCAAAGCCGGCUGGGAGGUUUUGAACGUGUGGGAAAUGUUUAAGGCGCACCAGCAUCAUUAUCAACAUCCCCAUCAUCACCAUCAGCAGCAGCAGCAUUACUAUCAGCAGGGGAACCAGCUCUGCUUCCAGCUCAGGGUCACUCUCGGCAAAUCAGACACCGAGGUUGACCUGAGGCAGCUGGGGCUGGACAGGAGCGGCCGGUCCCAGCAGGAGAAGGCCAUCCUGGUUGCCUACACCCGCUCCAAGAAGAGGGAGAACCUGUUCAACGAGAUGAAGGAGAAGAUCAAGUCGCGGAGGUCGGUGGGCGAGAAGGAGGUGGAGGCCGUGGUGAGGCUGACAGAGGAGGAGGGGACGUCGCCUCCGAAGGGGGUCAAGGGAGAAGGGCCCCGGCGGCGGAGGAGGACGGCGCUGAGCAACCGGCACGGGAAGAGGCACGGAAAGAAAUCCAAGUCCCGAUGCAGCAAAAAGGCGCUACACGUGAAUUUCAAAGAACUGGGCUGGGACGAUUGGAUCAUCGCGCCCCUGGAUUACGAGGCGUACCACUGCGAGGGGGUGUGCGACUUCCCCCUGAGGUCGCACCUAGAGCCGACCAACCACGCCAUCAUACAGACGCUCAUGAACUCCAUGGACCCCAACAGCACCCCGCCCAGCUGCUGCGUCCCCACCAAACUCAGCCCCAUCAGCAUCCUGUACAUAGACUCGGGCAACAACGUGGUGUACAAACAGUACGAGGACAUGGUGGUGGAGCAGUGUGGGUGCAGGUAGCGGCCAUUGUUCACUAAUAACUUUAAAGGACAGACACGUUUUAAGAGAAGGCUUCAUGGGUCCCACGUUGGAGACAUAAAGUCCCCACGGGUCUGAAAUGCUUUUGGCGCUUGACGCGCCUUGUCUUUAUUCAAAAGGGAUGCACACACGAGGCGGCGGCUUCUAUUUAUUCAGACUCAGUACAGUCACAUUACCUUACGCUCUCUACCUUAAAGUGUUAAGCACAUUAAUUGUCAUCCAUGCAGCAAGUUAUCACUCAGCAAACAUGCUUUCGUUUCCCAGAGAAUGAGACGUCUCCGUUUGGCUCACACGGUGCCAUGUGCGCUCUGACUGAAGGAGAGAUGGGAAACCUUUGAGUCCGACUGCGCACCUGUUCGCGCCGAGACCAGAAGACAGCGGCCUUUGCCUGUCAGCAGCGCGUCGCUGCAGCUCUGCUACCGGGCUGAACUUUUGGGUCUAUGCAUCCAGGCAGCGAUUGCCACUCUGGAGUCAUUACAGGCCCGAGCAAGUGCCUGUAUCUAAGUAAUGAUAAUAAUAAAUGGGCCUGAGGUUUAAUCUACCAAACACCGACUGGUCCAAGGGGAGGAGAUAAGAUUACGGCGGUCAUGCCUUCAAGAGAUUUUUUUUUUUUUUUUUUUUUUUUUUUUUUUUGCCUUAUGGAGACCAGCUGAGAGACGCUCGGAUCAUGACCAUUUGCGAACAGAAAGGACACAAAAUCAGACUUUUGCCUAAACCGGGGCCCUGUUGUAGAAACAAUUAUAUUAAUAGAGAGAGUGGCGAGAGAGAGAGAGAAAGCACACAUAAGUGAGGCGAACUUUUUUGCUCAAAAGUCUGCAUCUUUACGAAAUGCACUUCCACACAACUGACUGCGCCAAGGACAUGUGGUCAGCGAGAGUUUGUCUUCUCCGAUGACGAAAAUAUUAAAAAAGAAAAGAAAAAAAACGAAAAAGGACUCUCAAACGAGACGAUAUUUAAAUGCACAUUAGCUUUGAAUGCACUGCUGUUCAGUUUCCUUUUUGUUUUUGUUUUGGAGCUGUAAAUAUUUGUACAGUCGAAAACUAUACAAAGUGCAACGAAUGAAGAGAUGAGCAAACGGCAUUUCUCUGUAAAUAUACAAAAUGCACUCAAAUCGGUAUAAUUUCUAUUCUAUAAUUAUUUUAUUAUUUGUGAUGUACAGAGUUUCAUGAUAAUCAUAUAUUUCUUACGUUGAUAAGAGUAAUUUAAGGUGUAUUCGAUAUUUUGCAGAGGGCGGAAAAUACCAUUAUUAAUGUCUACCUCAUCAUUGCAUAGGAUCUGAGUUUUGAGGUGCAUUCAGUUAGAGUGUAAAGAGCUUUUACAAUGAUAUAUAAGAUCAUUUAUAUACAUAUAUUACUGGAUAAUAUUCCACACCAUUACUGUACAAAUAAAAUUCAAAACAAAGCCCAACAGUCUGGCACUUCUGAUGAUUAACACCAUCGUUUUUUCUA